AUGUUCCUACCUCUAUUUUCGUUACAAAUCACGACGCUGACGUACACGUGGCUUGCUCUCCAAAUCAAUACCCUUUUCCCAUGUUACUACGCACAUAUAAUACCCGAACAUCUUGCCGCUCAUGACUCAAGCGCCCUCAAAAGAGGUCUGUCAUUCCACGAUCCACCCAUCUACGUUCAGGACUUCAACGAUGAGGGUAGCCAAGUCAAUUGGGCCUACAACUGGUACUCAAAUACAGACGACAGUUUCCCGGAGUACCUUGAAUUUGUUCCAAUGCUUUGGGGUGACUCUCCAGAUCAUACGUUGAAUUGGGCCAAGAAUGUAGAGAGAGCACGGAAAAGGGGUUCAACGCAUCUUCUAGCUUUCAAUGAGCCCGAUGCGUGUGAAGGAGGUGGUUCUUGCAUAACGCCUGAAGCCGCAGUUACGUCAUAUCUAACGCAUAUACAGCCAUUUGCUAAUGAUUUUCGUCUUGGGGCGCCAGCAGUGACAAAUAGUGCCAAUGGACUUCCUUGGCUCGAUAAAUUCUUACGUCUUUGUGUCGACUGUACUAUUGACUUCGUGCCUUUACACUGGUAUGAUAGCUCAUCCAACUCAGCUUAUUUGCGGGAUUACCUAGGUAAAGCUCAGGUCAUAGCUGGCGAUAGGAACCUCUGGAUCACUGAGUUCAGUGCAAGUGGUAGCAUGAACGAACAAGUUGAGUUUCUAACGAACGUUAUACCUUGGAUGGAUGCUCAGUCACGCAUCGAACGCUACGCAUGGUUCUGGUGUGAUCCAUCUGCCCUCACAGGUCAAUUAAUUAAUGCUGAAGCACAAUUAACUGAUCUAGGAAAGGCUUACGCUUAUGAUUUUGUGGGUGAAUGA